AUGUUGCCGAACGUGAACACAUCAUUAUCAGGUUACGUCCAAGUGCACAACGGGCUCCGCUUGAUUCUGGAUCGAAAUUGUAUCGUUCGAUCGGCGGCUUGCGGAUCUUCCGAGAAAAAAGUUAUGCUACUCUCUGGUGGAGGAAGCGGUCACGAACCAGCCCACGUGGGUUACGUUGGCUAUGGAAUGCUGGAUGGAGCAGUUUGCGGAGACGUUUUCUGUUCACCGUCUGCGACGGCGAUAGUGGAUUGUUUACAAUCAAUAGCGACACCGAACGAUGAGGUUUUGUUUAUUGUUAAUAACUACACCGGUGAUAGGCUGAAUUUCGGGCUGGCAGCAGAACGCGCUGCGGUAUUCUACGGAUUUAAAAAAGUAAUGAUUUUGCUGAACGACGAUGAUUGUUCUAUUGAGGAAGGACUUGUGAGAAGAUCAGUCGGUAAGCGAGGAUUGGCUGGAUCUGUUUUGCUUAUAAAAAUACUUGGGGCCAUGGCAGAAUCAGGACAUACGAUCGAAGAAAUCUAUCGACUCGGAAAUGAAAUACUACGUGAAGGUCACCUGGCCACGUUCGGUUUUACCUUCGAUAUCGUCAACGAGAAAUUGGUGAAUGUCGAGUUGGGAAAAGGACUUCAUGGUGAGCCUGGAGUGUAUAAACUGCAGACGUGCGAUAAUUUCGAGCCUAUAAUAGAGUUUAUGAUAGACAAACUGAGUAAGAAAAUUAAAACCUCUUCGAUUGUUGUUGUGCUUAUCAAUAACCUUGGCGGAACAUCUGAGUUUAUGUUAGGUGUUUUUAUGGCCAUUCUGUUUAAGAAAUUACAGAAAAGUUAUGCAGUACAUCGAAUCUAUUCUGGAACGUUCUUCUCUUCACUGGGCACGACGGGAUUAUCAGUUACGUUAUUAAAUCUUGGCUAUUCUGAUAAAUUGUUAUCCUAUUUGGACUUCGAAGUCCAACACAUCGCACACGCUUUGUUAACGAACCGCGAUUUGCUAAAUACUUACGACAGAGAAUGUGGCGAUGGCGAUACUGGCAAUACAAUUGCCAAAGGAGCCCAAGCAAUACUUGAUCAUCUGGAAUCUGCAACGAUUGAGAUUCUAUAUCCUGCCAAAUUGCUGCUUGAUCUUAGCAUGAUUAUGCAAUUGAAUGUCGGAGGAACGUCCGGGGCCCUAUACAGUCUCUUACUUCAAACGGCAUCAACAGUGUUUGUGGAAGCCGAUCGUGAUUCAAAGGUAACGAUAAAACACUGGAUUCAAGCUCUCUCACGAGGAAAUGAGGCUAUCAAACGAUACGCACUUGCAGAGUUAGGAGACCGAACCAUGCUGGAUCCGCUCGGGCAAGCAGAAUUGGAAUUAAAACGUGUUUAUUCGGCGAGUCUUUCCACGAUAGAAUAUAUUCGAAUAUUUUCCGAAACGUGUCAACGUGUUGCUGAGGAUACCCGCCGGAUGGUUCCGAAAUCGGGUAGAGCAAGCUACUCAGCAGUGGAAUCGGGCCAGGCCGAUUACAAAUGCCCAGAUCCGGGAGCCUUUGCUAUUUCUGUUUGGGCACGGGCACUCUUAGAAGCCUGCAAGGUAGCGAAAAUGGAUCAAGAAUAA